AUGAGAAGAAACGAAUGGAGAUGGAGAUAUCUGCCGUGUCAAAAGUCGCCCGUGCAGGUAUGGUGGACCGAUCGGGCUGGAGAGAUGGAUGAGAAGUGGGUUGUCGCCAAACAAAAAAUGCUAGAGAGAGAAGAGAGGAGACACUCUCAAGGACAAGACUUUCCUUUCUAUAUGACGAGAAUUAGUCUGGUUACAUUACCUACUUCAGACUCUUGCUACGAUACCUCUGCCGCCGUACCUUUACAAUAUGCUGCUAUGUUUUCGCGCCCGGUUACAGCUGUCACUCCAUCUCCACUUUGA